AUGGACAGGAACCACAUGGAACCGCAUGCUGCGUCCCGUAAGAGAUUGUGUGAGAUGCUGGAGGCCCAUGACUUGUGUGAUGUCUGGAGGAACUUCCAUGGAGGGCAGAGACAGGACAUAGCCAGAUCUCUCAAAGCUCUGGAGACUGAAAUAGUGGCGCUCCAGGGUUUAGCAGAGGCCACAGGAAAUCGGGGGCAUAUUGAAGCUCUGAAAACAAAAAAGACGGCAUUGACUGACCUUUUAGGCAUAACAGCACAGGGGGCGCUGGUCCGCUCACGUUUCCAGCGCGUGUCGGAAAUGGAUGCUCCUUCAAAGUUCUUCUUCGGUCUCGAGCGCAGAAAUGGACAGAAAAGGUUUAUGCAUGCUGUGCGUACAGAAUCAGGGGAUCUCUUAUCUGAGCCUUCUGAAAUUCGGCAGCAGACAAUCAGCUUUUUCUCAAAGCUGUACGAGAGCGAGUGGGCAGAGGCACGAGAGGUGGAGGAGGGAUUCUUCCGUGACCUCAGCCAGCUCACGCGAGAGUCUGCUGCAGUGCUGGAUGCAGAUAUCUCUCUGGGAGAGCUGUAUGAGGCUCUCCAGGGCAUGGAGAAUGGUCGGGCGCCAGGUAUUGAUGGUCUCCCUGUUGAAUUUUACAAAGCGUUUUGGUCAGUGUUGGGGCAGGAUGUGCUGGAUGUCCUCCAGAACAGCAUAAGGGAAGGGAAGCUUCCGCUGAGCUGUCGGAGGGCCGUUCUAACCCUGCUACCCAAGAAGGGGGACCUAGCUGAACUGAAGAACUGGCGCCCUGUCUCUCUGUUGUGCACUGACUGCAAGCUGCUCUCAAAAACGUUAGCCUCGAGACUGGGGAAGGUGAUGGAGCAGGUGGUUCACCUUGACCAGACGUACUGUGUGCCUGGAAGGUCAAUUUUUGACAAUGUAUAUCUAAUUCGUGAUGUUUUGGAAGUCUCCAGACUAUUGGGCUUAAAGACUGGUCUCAUUUUUUUGGAUCAGGAAAAGGCAUUUGACCGGGUUGAACACGGCUAUCUGUGGAAAGUUCUGGAGAACUUUGGUUUCAACCCGGGUUUUAUAGCCAUGAUCAAGGUUUUGUACAGUGACAUUGAGAGUGUACUCAAAGUUAAUGGUGGUUUAUGUGCUCCUUUUAAAGUGCACAGAGGUAUUAGGCAGGGCUGUGCUCUGUCUGGCAUGCUGUACUCUCUAGCUAUUGAACCUCUGUUGUGCAAACUGAGAGACUGCAUCUCCGGUUUGUUUAUACCUGGCUGUUCUACUCCACUGUGUGUCUCAGCAUAUGCAGACGACCUUGUUGUGAUAGCAAGUACCCAGACUGAUGUGGAUGUUUUAGCUGGAAUUUUAAAUGAUUUUAGGGUUUUAUCGUCUGCAAAAGUAAACUGGACCAAGAGUGAAGCAGUUUUAGUUGGUGACUGGGAUGGUGGGGAACCCGCGCUUCCAGAUGGGUUGAUGUGGAGAAGGGGUGGUUUUAAAUAUCUGGGGGUGUAUCUGGGGGACAGUAUCUGUAGUGCACAGAACUGGGAUGGCAUGGUUGAAAAGAUUAAAGGACGCCUCAGUAAGUGGAAAUGGUUAGUCCCCCAGAUGUCCUAUCGGGGAAGGGUGCUUGUUAUCAACAACCUCGCUGCAUCAUCGCUCUGGCAUAAACUGGCCUGCGUGGACCCCCCACCGAAUCUGCUGGCAAACCUGCAAGCCGUGCUAGUGGACUUCUUCUGGGAUCGACUGCACUGGAUUCCGCAGGGAGUUCUACAUCUGCCAAAAGAGGAAGGGGGGCAAGGACUCGUCCACUUGGCUAGCAGGGCCGCUGCCUUCCGAAUCCAGUUCAUCCAGAGACUUCUUGCUGGUCCCAGUGAGCUGGUUUGGAGGGCGGCUGGCUCCGCUUUGCACUGGCUGUUGGAAGAGCCUCUUUUCAACGGCACACGACUGGACUUGGAGGGCACGAUCACCCCUGCACUGACUAGAGUCUUGUUGUCAUCGGGAGUCACAACCCUCCGCCGGCUGGUGGACGUCGCCGGACCAGAUCUCACUCGGGUGGAGGACGUGGCUGCGAGGCUGGGGAUGAGAUCUCUGCGAGUUGUGGCUCAGCUGCUCGAGGGCUGGAGGACAGCUCUCUCUCCUGAAGAACGUGAGCAGGUGAGGGACUACAGUGCAGGGGUGGUCAGUCCUACAGAGCAUGACCCAUUCCCGGACAUCACUAUCACGCCGGACCUACAGGACUGUGAAGGCCCCCUUCUGGAGUGUGAGGGGGAGUCUAGAAUGAACUUGGGGACAGUGUCUGCCGACACGCCCAUAGAGGAGUUCACGCCCACUCCUGCGUUUCCCGCCCUGCAGUACCUGGAGUCGGUGGAUGAGGGGGGCGUGGCCUGGCAGGCGGGGCUUCGGACAGGAGACUUUCUCAUCGAGGUGAAUCAGGAGAACGUGGUGAAAGUGGGCCACAGGCAGGUGGUGAAUAUGAUCCGGCAGGGAGGAAACCGGCUGGUCAUUAAAGUAGUGAGAGUCACCAGGAACCUGGACCAUGACGACACCGCCAGGAAAAAAGCUCCGCCUCCUCCAAAACGAGCCCCGACCACCGCCCUGUCCAUGCGCUCCAAAUCCAUGACGUCUGAGCUGGAGGAGUUAGUGGAUAAAGCCACCUUGAGGAAAAAGAAAGAUUCUCAGUCUUCUAAUGUUGAGGGUCUGAAGAAGAGGAUUGUAUUUCAAGUCACACUAAAUAAAGUGGACGAAGUAGCACCGGCCCAGAAGGCCGGGAGGGACAACACCUCAGUGGACAUGAGGGUGGCCACCAUAAAGCCCCGGCCGUCCAGUCGCUGCAUAGCAACUCCCACAGAUUUCAAUUCCAUGUACGAGCGGCAGGGUGUAGCUGUCGUCCCACCCACUGUUCCUGGCGGCCCCCAGGGGGCGUACCUGGGAGUACCGAAGGGCACAAUGAGGAGACAGAAGUCCAUCGGAAUUACGGAAGAAGAGAAGCAGUUCCUGACCCCUCCAUUGCUGAAGUUCACUCGGAGCCUCUCUAUGCCUGACACAUCGGAAGACAUCCCGCCUCCACCAGGUGUCUCCCCUCCAUCGCCGCCUUUCAACCCCAGCGCCCCUGUCGGACAAGGCUACGGCCCCGGCCGCUGCCAGCCUGGCUUCGGCCAGCCUUCAGCAGGUAGAGGGUUUGGCAACGCCGGCACAGGCACCAUCCGUAGAGACCGGGUCGGGUUCCAGCGUCAGAACUCAGAUCAAUACGACCCUCAGAACUCUCAACAGAAUGCCCGCAAUCUGAAUAGGGCUUCCGUGCCUGAGAACCCAUACUCAGAGGUUGGCAACAAGGCGCUUUAUGUCCCAGCUAAACCGGCUAGGCGGAAGGGCAUGUUGGUCAAGCAGCCGAAUGUGGAGGACAGUCCAGAAAAAACCUGCUCCAUCCCCAUCCCCACCAUCAUUGUCAAAGAGCCGUCCACCAGCAGCAGUGGCAAAAGCAGCCAAGGUAGCAGCAUGGAGAUUGAGACAAGCACCCCUGAGCACUCAGGUGGCCAGCUGCGACCUGAAGACGGCCUCAGUAUCAGCAACCCAUUUGCGGCUGCUAUUGCUGGGGCGGUUCGUGACCGGGAGAAGCGGCUGGAGGCUCGUAGGAAUUCACCAGCCUUUCUGUCCACAGAUUUAGGAGAUGAAGAUUUGCCCACUCCUGUCCCUCGCUUGCGGCAGUCAAAGUCCAUAGACGAGGGCAUGUUUGGAAACGAUGAGGGACUGCGGACAUUUAUGGCACCACCAGCUUCACUGCUGAAUGCAGCACAAGGAAGUGGAAGUGAUAGUGGCAAUAGUGGAGGUAGUGGCAGUGGUGGAAACGUGACGGACUUUAACACCCCUGAACCCACAAUUGUGCGUGAACCUCUUAACACACGUACAAGGAACUGCCCUGAUCUAGACAGUCCUGUCAGCCUCCCAGCAUCGGUGAAGACCUACAGCUCCAAUGGUGGAGGCUACCUACAUCCGGUCACAGGUAAGGCUCUGGACCCCAGUUCCCCUCUAGCCCUGGCCUUAGCUGCCCGGGACAGAGCAAUGAAAGAGCAAGUGCAGCCUCCUCCACCUCCACCAAAGGGGGAGUCCCACAAACCAGACCUCAACCAGCCCCUCUUCAUCGACACCAAGCUCCGCUCAGGCAUCGAGGCCAACCUGGCCCGGUCUGCGGGUCGAGGUGGUCUGCGAAGACAGAUGACGGAGUCUAAAUAUGAAGCAGAUGGCACAAAAGACGACAAGCAGGCAGAGGAGAAGAAGAACAUGCUGAUUGACAUUGUGGACACAUCACAGCAGAAGUCAGCAGGGCUGCUGAUGGUCCACACAGUAGACGGUGUAAAGCCCAAAGAAAAUAGCACAAGUGACGGAGGGAAGCAGGAGGGGGCACCACGACAAGACAGUGUACCCACAGAACCGAGAGAUUCAGGUACCAAACCCACAGUGCCCAAUUCUCAGCCUGCUCCACACCGAACAAAAAGCAUCACAGUAGGUGGCUCGAUGGAUGAACCCAUCAAACUGCCUUUCCGCAUCCCCCCUCCACCUUUGGCCUCGGUGGAUAUUGAUGAGGAAUUUGUGUUUGCCGAACCUUUACCUCCUCCCUUGGAGUUUGCAAACAGCAUUGACAUCCCUGAGGACCAGUUAGCAGAGAUUCUGAAGCAGAGGAAAAACAGUAUCCCAGGAGGACCCUUGCCUCCAUACCAUCCUCAUGCACCUCCGCAAAUCAGUGCAGAACAUAAGCGUCCAAUUGGGAUUUCAAACUGCAUGCCCCCUCCUAGUUACCCCCCGCCACCUCCUGAGAGCUUUGAGCCAGUCACGGACUCUGGAAUCGAAGAAGUGGACAGCAGAAGUAGCGGAGACCCCCACCUAGAGACCACUAGCACCAUCUCAACCGUGUCCAGCAUUUCAACACUGUCGUCAGAAGGUGGUGAAGCACUGGACACUUGCACAGUCUAUGCAGACGGUCAGGCAUUCCUGGUGGAUCGGCCUCCAGUGCCGCCCAAGCCAAAAAUGAAGCCCAUCAUCAACAAAAGCAAUGCACUUUACAGGGAUCCCUUGAUCGAGGAAAGUCCCGAAUCCUUCAGUCAACCUCCACCUGCCCCACCUCCGCCUCCAGAUGGUGCUGCCCAGUCAGAACUGCCCAAAACACCCACUCAGAGAAGCUCCAAACUUUGGGGAGACCCUCCCGAGCUCCGGAGCCCACCCUCAUCAAAUCCGGAUCCUAAGGCCAAUGUGAUCAGUGAGCUGAGCUCCAUCCUGCAGCACAUGAACCGGGACAAAUCACCCAAACAAGGAGACUCACUUGACUCUCCAACAGGACCCAGAAGCUUUGCAACCAGGGAGGCUGCCUCAGGUACCCAGCGGACCACCACGGUGACCUUCGCCAUCCCAUCCACCCCGUCCUCCAGCCUGCCUCCGCACGUGUCCAGCCCAAUUUCAUCACCCCCCUCCGCAGGCCACGCCUCCUCCCUACCAGGCUCCUCCUCGUCCUUGCCGGGCUCCGCCUCCUCUCCCACCCUGACGGACGUGUUCGGCCUGCCCACUCCGCCCCUGGGGAGCCUGGGCUCAGGCAGCAGCCGCUCGCCGUCCCCGCUGACCCUCCUGCAGGCCGCCUCCAACAAGCCGUUCGCCAACAAACCCAUCCUGCUGUGGACGAAGCACGAUGUAGCCGACUGGCUGGAAAGCCUCAACCUGGGGGAGCACAGGGACACCUUCAUGGACAACGAGAUCGAGGGCUCCCACCUCCCCAACCUCCAGAAAGAGGACCUCAUAGACUUAGGAGUGACCCGCGUAGGCCACCGGAUGAAUAUAGAGAGGGCGCUCAAGCUGCUACUGGACAGAUAAGGGGGGGUGGGGUCACAUCAUCCGUUUUCUUUUGCGGACCAAGGCGCUUUUUUCAACUUGUGUUCAGUGGGAGAGGCGCGUUUGCUCGCGUCCUGUGCGCCCCGGGCGGCCGGCUGUCUUUUUUUGUGCCCCGAGUUGAAAAGACCUUCAACUCAAAGCGGUCGAGUAGCCUACGUCAUGAGCGCAACCAAUCAGACGAACGGGAAGGCGGGCCUUCGGUGACAGUUGUUAGACGUGGAGGAGGGGCUAGUGGUUGCGGUCACUGAGUACCCUGAACUUUUUACGAUUUUCACGGAGCGAAAUUAUCACAACAUAUCGAAACGGUAGCUGGCCAGCAAGCUAGCUGUGCUAGACGUCACAAACCAACUAGCUUCCUAGAUGCUAAAACGCAGCUGAUGCUAUUGUUGCUUGGAAACAAGGAGAAAUGGAACCAGAAGCAGAAUCGUGAAC